UCUUCAUUCCUCCUGGCCAGCAAGGAAAUUGCCUUUUACGGACACACCACAACAAUGUCUCGAACAUGAGAUAAAAAUAUCUGAAUUGAGUACGAUUAAAAUGCACAUGAACAGAGGAAAAAUGCACACUUGUCACAUACCAUUUUCCAUACCGUUGAGUCAUUAGAUCGAAAAUAUGUAUAAAAUGCACCAGCGCUUGAAGAUAACGCACAGAUUAUUGUGUUUUACACAACCGCAAGGUUUGGUUAUUCUUGCAACGUUUGCAUCAGAAACAUGCUGUACUCAACGUUAAGUUUUGCUGUUACUCAAACAGUGCUGCUAUGUAUCCUAGUUAUAAUGAACCACAGGAUCGAUCCGACAGCGGCACAGGGACAACGCCUAUGCGGCAAAAUACUGGUCAGCACGCUCUCAAUGAUGUGUGACGAAUUUCCCACACUUCCUCCGCCCCACUACAACAAGCGGUUUAAUGAUGAUCAGUCAACGCCAGUCAACGACAGAACUUAUUUUGGUGAACGGCCCAAUGUCGCAGAGCUUAAUGACAAUUUCGGUCAGUUCAAGAUAACGCGCCAUUGGAUGAUUAGAUUUCCGAAGUUUGGUGAUAGGCGGGAUUUGAGUUUAAAGCACCACCAAGUGGUAAAGAGAGGCAUUUUCGAGGAAUGUUGCCUUAAGCCAUGUACUGAAAAUCAGCUUAGAACGUUUUGUGCUAAAGUUUCUUCAAAGCGAUAAUCGCAAUUCCGCAAAACAAAAUUACUCAACGGAAUGCAAUUUUCUAAAACGAUGAGCCCUAAUUAUGUACAACCUGCUGCUACGGAAAAUGCCUUGUCUGUUUCAAUGAAACAAAACGUGUAAAUUGUUUGUAUACCUUGAAAUAAAAGAAAAUAAAAUGAACCGUGUAACACUUGAACUGUAAAAA